GCCAGCGUGCCAGACCUUCCCUCCCCCUCCCCUCAACAUUUAUGCUUGCCACAUGUUCUGAUAAUCGAAUUUAAUAAAUUCGAUUUUUUUACCAUUUUUAUAAAACAGUGAAUCUGACCCCUCUAUGCGUGUUAACUUUUCAGACGGCAAAUUUUAUUAUUAAUAUUAUAUACAGUUUGAUGUUAGUGUUACGUUAUCUUCGUAUCUGUACGUCUGGGGGAAUUUUGCUAGAAAAGAUCAGUUUCGUCAAUGUAGCAUCAGUACUGACUGUUUAGUGAUAGGCAGUGAUGGGGUUUAUGUAUGAAUUGUAUUGUGAAACAGAUUGGUGUAAAAUUUAAAGCAUAGAGAUUGCAUUUUUUCAUAAUAUAAAUUUAUCUCAUUUCUAAAUAGAAAGCAUAAUAUAAUGGAUACAGCUUCAGUUUUUGAUGAUGUUUUGGGUUCUUUAAAUGAUCUUGGGUAUUCUGGACCAUUGCUAGAGAGUGAUGGUCUACAGAAAGCUUUGGAAGGAGGUCCGAAGUCUGUCGAGUUUACCCAGCUCAUAGCAUGGUUGUCAAAUGAGUUAAAAGUUCUGUCAAAGUUGGAAGAACAUGUGAAUGCUAUAAAUGAUCCAGAAGAUGCCAGUUCAUUCAUGUUGGAGUUGAGCUCAUUUCUGAAAGAAGUUGGUUGUCCAUAUCAGUCAAUGAUGGAAGGACCUCUUAGUCAGAGGAUGCUAACAAAAGAGAGUAGACUUACUCUUUUAGAUUUUCUUUGUUCUGAACUCCAAGCAGCUCGAAUGAUAUAUGUGUACAGUGGGGGAAAGAACAGUGGUAUGCAGGUAAAAAUGCAAGAAAGCUCUACUGCUGGAGACAUGAAAGCCAUGCUGAUAGCUCUAGGGUUUGGAAAGCCUCCUAUUAAUAUCACAUCUGCCAUGUUAUUCACUAAAGCAGAAACCAAGAUCAAAGAAGUACUGAAUAAGUGUUCAUCUGAUCAAGUUGGAAAACCUUUGUUUAUGGGAGUUUUGACAGAGAAACAGUGGCUGUCUAUUGAAAAACUUCAAAACCAAAUGUAUGAAGAGUAUAUGAUGCGGAGAGAAGUGCUUUUAAAAAGGCUAGAUGUAACCAUACAGUCUUUCAAAUGGGCAGACAGAUUAAAGAGCAAGGAGGACCUUAUCUCAAAAACUUAUCAUCCUCGAAGACAGUUGUUGAAAAUUGAGCCUGCUGUUGAUUUGUCAGAUGUUUUGGCAGCUAGAGAAGACUUGACCAUAAUUGAAAAAACAAGUUCUGCUUCUGUCCGAAAGAAUACCCAGACAGCAAUCAACAAAGUUCUUAUUGGAUCUGUACCUGAUCGUGGAGGAAGACCAGAAGAACAACAACCACCACCUCCAGAAAUGCCAAGUUGGCAGAAAAGAAGUGACAGUGGUCACGGUGGAGGCUCCUACAGUGGAAGAGGUGGUCGUGGGGGAGGAGGUGGUGACAGAGGUAGUCGAGUACAAGGAGGCUGGUCAGAUAAUAAAGGUCACGGUGGCUUCUCAGAUAACAGAGCUCAUGGAGGCUGGUCUGAAAACAGAGGUCGUGGUCAAAGAGAUGGUGGAUUUCGUGGAAGCUAUGGAAAUAGAGGUGGUAGUCGAGGUGGCUAUUCGGCAGGAAUGGGGGGAGCCCCACAAUUCAGACAGCAAACAAUUAACAGUGGGCAGUUUGGAGGAUAUGGUCAGUUUGGUGGUUAUCAACAACCAUAUUUCUACUGAUAUAUGUAGUUCAUAUAUCAACUAGCAAACAACCAACAAGUUUCAGUCGUAAAGAUACAGCCAGAAUAAAAUCAAGUACCAUUCACCAUGGCAGUGAGGUCAUUUCCAGUUGGAUGUAUCUUCACGUGUUAGUAGCUAAUGACUUACAGUGUUUGCAUAAUAAACAAGCUUAUUAAAGAAUUAAGACUAAAUUCUACUCUCCCAUCUGUUUUCUGUUUGAAUAUUAACUGUAAGGGCCAUUAUUUAUCAAAGAAAAACUUUGAAAUGAAGUUUUUUCCAUGAAGAAAUAGUAUUGUAACCUUUUUCUUUUCAUGCAUACAUAUAUGCAUUAUCAUCUUGCUUAAAAAUUUAUUUCGUAAAACGUUGUUAGAAAAACGCAUGUGUGAAUUAAAAUCAUUGUUGUGUAUUACUUA